AUAAAUCAAGAGCUAGAACUGGGUUAAACAGGACAAACAUCGAGAUGAUCCCGAUCGCCAGAUCCUCCGCCCUGCGGGCCGUCCGGUCCCAGCUCUCUCAGCGCCGAAGCCUGUCUCCCACCUCGGCCGCCGCACUUGCCCGCCUCCUCUCGACGCUCGCGGUCCUCGAACAACGCGACGGCAAGCUGGCUAGCUCGUCGUUGGCGGCGAUUGUGGCGGCGCAGAAGCUGGGCGGGCCCGUUACUGCCUUUGUGGCCGGCAAGGGCGUGAAGAGUACAUCUGCUGCGGAGGCGGCGAAGAUCCAAGGUCUGGAGAAGGUGGUUGCGGUCGAGAAUGAGGCUUACGAGAAGGGCCUUCCGGAAAACUUUGCGCCUCUGCUGGUUGAAAAUAUCAAGCAGGGCGAAUAUACACACAUCAUCGCGGGACACUCGGCUUUUGGGAAGAGUCUGCUGCCGCGCGUGGCGGCGUUGUUGGACGUCCAGCAGGUUUCUGAUAUCACGGCCAUUGAGAGCGAAGACACUUUCGUUCGCCCCAUCUACGCUGGAAAUGCAGUUCUGACGGUGCAAUCCAGCGACCCGAUCAAGGUGAUCACAGUUCGUGGCACGGCCUUCCAGGGCGUGGAGACCGAGGGUGGUUCCGCCACCGUGGUGGACGGGACAGAUCCCAACACCCCCUGCCCGACGGAAUGGGUGUCGGAGGAGCUGGCAAAAUCCGAGCGGCCAGACCUGGGGACGGCCUCGCGCGUGGUCUCUGGCGGGCGAGGACUGAAAUCCAAGGAGGAGUUCGACCGGUUAAUCCUCCCGCUGGCGGACACGCUGGGCGCCGCCAUCGGUGCGUCUCGCGCCGCCGUCGACAGCGGGUUUGCCGACAACAGUCUCCAGGUUGGCCAGACGGGGAAGAAUGUCGCCCCGCAGCUGUACCUGGCUGCCGGUAUCUCGGGCGCUAUCCAGCACCUGGCGGGUAUGAAGGAUAGCAAGGUCAUUGCUGCCAUCAACAAGGACCCAGAUGCGCCCAUCUUCCAGAUUGCGGAUGUGGGACUCGUCGGCGACCUCUUCGAGAAGGUGCCCGAGCUGACGGAGAAGCUCAAGAAGCAGUAGUCUUGCAAAUAGUAUAAUCAAUACCGUGUAUUCUCUUCUUCUGUCUCUUGCUCUGGAUUUGGAUUCCUCAAUCAAUCGUUUCUAUCCAUUCGGCGUUAUGCACUAAACAACCAAAGCUACAAGUAUCAAAGAUCAAUUACCCAGUUC